AUGCCACCAACCAUUCCCGAGGGAAAGGAACGUGUGCGAAUGUCGCUCGCCAAGUUGCCUGCCGAGUUGAUACUCGAAAUCGCGGGUCAUCUAGAUUCUCAGGCCAGCAUCUCAGCCUUCAGAAAGGCGAAUGCCCGCCUGUACUUGAUACUCGAAAGGACCCUCUACGUCUGCAACAUCGUGAAGUACCAGAGCGGAGCCCUGAGAUGGGCAUGCCGUCACGACCAGCAGAAGCUGCUCACCAAGCUGCUCCCCCUGGGUGCGGAUGUUCGCUCUGCACCAAGACGCAACGCCUGGUGUCCAUUGAAGAUCGCCAUCUUUUAUGGUAAUACCGAGAUCGUGAAAAUCUUGCUUGCACACGACCCGGAUCUCAUCAACCACACCGACAGGAGCGAAGAAACAUCCUUGCUCACGGCUGUAUCCAAGAAGCGUGUGGAGAUUGUGAAACUGCUCUUGAAGGACCCCCACAUUCAGGACAGUGUUGUUGUCGAAGCUUCGGGGCUUGACGACGCCCGCCGCACUCCAUUGAACUGCGCUCUUGCGCAGGGAUGCGAAGAAAUAGCACAUAUUUUACUCGCGGACUCUCGGGUCAGUUUCGACUCGAAUAGUAUCUACUACGCUGUCGGGGGAGGAAACCUCGCGCUGGUGAAAACAGUUGUCGACGAUUGCGGCUGGGGUGCGCCAGCAGAGCCUCGUGAUAGCUCACUGAUCUACAUCGCUUUGCAACGCGGAGAUAAUGCGAUACUUUCUUAUCUCUUUGCAGAAGGGUUUGAUCCUAACAUCAAAAGCGAACAUCUGGACACAACACCACUGGGCUUGGCCGCACUGUGGGGCAAACCAGAGAGUGCAAAGAUGCUGCUACAAAUGCCCGAGGUGGAUGCCAACGCCAGGUGCCUCUAUGGCCAAACGCCUUUGUUCCUCGCCAUUCAAUCGGUCCUUCCACUCCGCAUGGUGGAAAUCUUGCUCGACUCAGGCCGAGUUGUGAUGAACCUCACCGAUGAACAAGGUAGAACACCAUUGUCGCACGCCGCCCAGCAUGGAGUCAUCGACGUGGUUGACAUUUUACUUGCCUCGGAGUCUGGCAGUCUGAAUGCCAAAGACAAUACAGGCAGAUCGGCGCUCUCUUGGGCUGUAAUGAGUGGUCGUCACUCGAUGGUGCAACAUCUGAUUCAGAAGGGUAUUGAUCCCAACCCGCAGGAUGAAAAAGGAAGAACCCCAUUGCACAUGGCUGCACAGGGCUUUUGGAGCUACGAUGAUUCUCUGUUCCACUGCCUCCUCAACUGCGACGGUGUCCGGCCUGACUGUAGAGACCUUUCCGGUAGAACCCCGUUGUCGUGGGCUGCAGGGGAGCGGUGGGUCGCUGCAGUGGAAGUCAUACUAGGACACGGAGGCGUCGACCCCAACUCGCAAGAUAAUAAAGGCCGCACCCCGUUGUCAUGGGCUGUUGGAUCUGCCUUGCUACUCACGGGUCGGACCAGUGCGGAUCAUAGGAUCCACCAAUACUCUUUCGGCUUUGACGCCUCGCACGAGCUUCAGGGUCUCCUGACUGGAAGACCAACCCCCAUCCCGAUAUUCGAGAACUACCAACUCGCAAAUCCCAAUUUCAACAUCCAGCAAGAACACCUGCUUGCCACAGUACAACGGCUCCUCGGUGUUGACAACACCAACAUCAACUUGUCGGAUUUCGAUGGCCGAUCGCCAUUAUCCUGGGCUGCACAGUACCAACAGAUUCAAGCAGUCCGCAUGCUCAUAGAGCAUGGAGCGGAUAUCAAUUCAAGGGAUCGAGACGGACAUGAUGCAUCGUGGUGGGCGAAGUCAGGACCACCCGCCUAG